AUGGCUAGAAAUGGUGGUGCUGGUGCUGGGUUUGUGGCUGCAUCUGCAAUGCUGCCUGGUGGGUCUACCUUUGCCCCAGCUGGUGCAAAUGCUGGUGUUCCUCCUCCUGCUGCUGCUCUUUCUGCUAAUGCUGCUGCUCUUCCUGCUGAUGCUCCUCCUACUGCUAGUGCUACUGAUGGUGCUGGUGUAGCAGCUAGGGUAGCAAUGAGGUGGACAACCAACACCUCAGGCUUUGUCCUUAGGAGGAUGAGCCAACUGAUUAAGAGUGGGGCUAGAGCUAAUAAGGGAUUUAAGGAGAACGAGGUGAACCAGGUAGCCAAGCUCCUGAGAGAGUAUAGUGGUGAGAAAGUGACCUCCACCCAGGUGUACAACCACCUGUGGAAGUGGAGGCAGAGGUGGGGUAGAAUCUGCAAGCUUAAGGACCUUAGUGGAGCCCUUUGGGAUGAGGAUGUGAAAGCAAUCAUGCUAGAUCCUAAGCAUUACAUUGGCCAUAUCAAGGACCACCCAAAAGAUGCUGAGCUUCUAAACACCCCCCUGAGGUUCUAUGAUGAGAUGCAAACCAUCUUUAGUAAUGGUAUGACAACCGGUAGGUUUGCUGUUGGCUCAAAUGGGCCCUUAGGUGUGAACUCCUACCAGGCUGACAGUGGCUUAGGAAAAGUGGAAGGGUCAUAUGGCAACCAUGCUGCUAGGGAGAAGAUUGAUCAGGGGGAAGGCAGCAAGGCAACUGAGCUGCUUACCUUUAAUGGUGGUAGGAAGAGGAAGAGGCCCUACUUUAGUGAGGAGGAGGUCCCCACCAUGACCAACAUGACAGAUGUAGUGAACAAUGUAGCCAAUGCCCUUAGAGAGACUGGCCCUGCUCAUGUGGAUGCUGACUUGUAUCAUGCUAUGAUGGACAUGUCUGGCUUUAGCAAACAAACACGCCCUCCUCUGUUUUGUUCUAUUUGCUACUUCAUCGGUGCCACCCGUGACUGUUAUGAGAAGUUGCCCACCACCUUCCAGGGGUCCAGUCAUGUCCAAGCCGCUGCCUUCCGCCUGGGCCAGCGCGUGCACGCCGCCGACGACCCCGGCCGCGUAGGCACGGUGCGCUACCUGGGCCCCGUAGAGGGCCACGCCGGAGACUGGGUCGGUGUCGACUGGGACGAUGGCGCUGGCGGCCGGCACGACGGCUCGCUCGCUGGCCGCCGAUACUUUGUCGCCGCAGGAGAGUGCUCGGCCUCCUUCGCGCGCCCCACCGCGCUCAGCGGAGGGAUCUCGCUCCGGGACGCGCUCCGCCUACGCUACCGCGUUCAGGACUUCACCAAGGAGGAACAGGAUGAGAUGUAUGUCUUCUCGACAAGCCAGAAGCGUGUCUCGGUUGAAUUUGUUGGCACAGACAAAGUUCAGGAGAAGCUCAACAACUUCAAUGAGUUGACCAGUGCAUCCGUUUCGAACAUGGGAGUGAGCUCAAUCGGAGCACCGGAUGAACUAAAGAGUUUGGUUCCAAAUCUCAGAUUUCUUGACUUAACUGGAAAUCUAUUCUCACAGUGGCAAGUUAUAUCCUCUCUUUGUCAAGCACUGGCAUCCCUGGAAGUUCUUAAUUUGACAAACAAUACCAUGGAGAAUGAUGUUGCAGAAACUCCAAUGCUCGAGAAUAUCCAACUUCUUGUUCUCAACAACUGUGGUGUAACAUGGGAACUGAUUGAAAAGAUUAAAGUUUCCUUUUCAUGUAUCAGUGAACUCCACCUGAUGUCAAACAGGUUCAAUAUGAUCAUGUUUGGAAUAACUCCAUUUGAACAAAAACAGGUUAAAGCAUAUGUCAAGUAUCCAUCUAAUCUUUUGCCAGAUGGAUCUCUUGAUGAUGCAGCUGCUGUGCCGUUUGAAAAUUUGCAAGUUCUUUUGUUAGGAUCUAAUGACAUAGAUGACUUUUCUUCAGUGGAUUCACUUCUGUUCCCAAGUUUAAGGGAUGUCAGGCUUUCUGAUAAUCCUAUAGCUGAUCCUGCCAAGAGUGGUGCUCCUCGUUUUGUGCUUGUUGCUCGAGUUGGAAAAGUUGGAAUACUAAAUGGCAGUGAGAUAAGCCCACGUGAACGGAGGGAAUCUGAAAUACUAUAUGUCCGCCUUGUAAUGGGAAAAAUAGAAUCAAAUGACCCAGAAGAGAUCAAACGGCUGCACCCUAGAUUUGCUGAACUGAAGUCCUUUCAUGGUAUUGAAGAUGAGAAACCAACUUCAAGCACAUCGGGGCCACAAAAGAUGGCUUCUGGUCUUAUAAGUGUUACAUUGAAAUGUGUGGGGCCAUCAAUGGGUGAAAAGCAACCACUGACAAAGAAACUGCCUGCUACAGCAACUGGAUGCCCUCUACCACAACUUCUUGAGGAGAACACGGCCUCUCUCAUGGAGCUUGGAAUUGGCUCGGGCGCGACCAUUGUUGUGGACGAAGAGAGUUAG